AACCCAGCGGCGGCCAUGCUGCGGAGCCGGUGGCUGCUGCCCGGGGCCGCGCUUGCCCUGGGCGCGGGGCUGGGGGCGGCCCUCACCCGGCGCCGGGCCGGGGGCGAUGCGGCGGAGGGGCUGCUGGGCCGCCUGCCCGUGGUGCCCGUCGUGGCGGCGGCCGGGCCGCCCGCGCUGCUGGGCUCGGCCCCGGCCGAGCUGACCAAGUACGGGCUGCCCGGGCUGGCGCAGCUGCGGAGCCGCGAGUCCUACGUGUUGUGCUACGACCCGCGGAGCCGCAGCGCGCUCUGGGUCAUCGAGCAGCUCAACCGGGACACCCUGAGCGGCGCCUCGGAGCGAGCCGCCUGCGACUUCCAGGAGGACGACUCGGUGCACGAGUACCACCGAGCCACCAACGCCGACUACCGAGGCAGCGGCUUCGACCGCGGGCACCUGGCGGCCGCCGCCAACCACAAGUGGAGCCAGAAAGCCAUGCGGGACACGUUCUACCUCAGCAACAUCGCCCCGCAGGAUCCUCAUUUGAACCAGAAUGCCUGGAAUAACCUUGAGAAGUACAGCAGGAGCUUGGCGAGGAACAACAAGAACGUCUACGUCUGCACAGGACCCCUUUUCCUGCCCAGGAUGGAGGCCGACGGGAAGAUGUAUGUCAAGUACCAGGUGAUUGGGAAGAACAACGUGGCUGUUCCCACCCACUUCUUCAAGGUGCUCAUCUUGGAAAAGGAGAGUGGGGAGAUUGAGCUGCGCUCCUAUGUGAUGCCCAACAGCCCCGUGGAUGACAAAAUCCCCCUGGAACGGUUCCUGGUCCCCAUUGAGAGCAUUGAGCGAGCCUCCGGGCUCCUCUUUGUCCCAAACAUCUUGAAGAGAACCAGUAACUUGAAAGCCAUCACAGCUGGAAGCAAGCGUUGAACCCCAGCUGAGCACAUCCAGGUACUCCUGGGGAAGGGACUGGCAGCAGUCACAUCUACACAGGAACAAUAGUUCCUUGUGUGGUUUUAAAUGUGGGAAACGAGAAUCAAACCCAUGUUCCCUUUACCCUUCCCCUCCUUCCGGGUAACAGCUGUGCACACGCAGCCAGUCUGCAGCGCAGGUCCUGCAGCAGGGCUCUAGAGCUUGCCCCUGAGCUGCAGUACAGAGGUUACUCCUGUGUGUGGCUUAUUAAGGCACAAAGGGAAGUUACUCAGUCGCUGCUAUUUAAGCAGGGAAGGAUGGGAGCAAGAUGGAUGCAGGGGAGGAAGGGAGAGGUUCCUGCCUUUCUGUGGCCAAAGGAUUGUUAUGAUUGUUUUCUGUCAGAUGUUUUUAGCAGUAAAGCUUUGAACACCCACA